AUGGCGACGGACGGCAAGCGAUUCAGCUCGCACAAUGUGCGCUGCUGCACGUUGAUCGGCCACGUCGACCACGGCAAGUCUUCGUUUGCCGACUCGCUGCUCGCGGCCAACAACAUCAUCUCGGCGCGCAUGGCGGGUCAGAUCCGCUACCUUGACUCCAGAGAGGAUGAGCAGGAACGAGGCAUCACCAUGGAGGCGUCCGCCGUCUCGCUCUCAGUCAAGAUGCGCGUGCACGACCCUACCAAGGGCUGGGAUCCCGACAAUCUGCCUCCGAUCCAGGACUUUAUGAUCAAUCUCAUCGACACGCCCGGCCACGUCGACUUCUCAUCCGAGGUAUCCACCGCCUCCAGGCUCUGCGACGGUGCGCUGCUCAUCGUCGACGUCGUGGAGGGGGUGUGUGCACAGACGGUCACCGUGUUGCGCCAGGCAUGGCAGGACGGUCUCGAGCCCAUCCUCGUGCUCAACAAGGUGGAUCGCCUCAUCACAGAACUCAAACUCUCGCCGAACGAGGCCUACCACCAUCUCAUCCAGGUCAUCGAGCAGGUCAACGCCGUGGUCGGGUCGUUCUUCGCCUCGGCGCGCAUGGACGACGACGAGCGCUGGCACGAGGAGCGCGAGAAGCGCAUCGCCGCACGCAAGCAGGCCAAGAACGACUCGAUCGCCGCAGCCACCGGCGACGAUGCAGCCGACGACGACAACGACGACAACGACCGCGAGGAGAGGGACGACGAAGACAUCUACUUUGACCCGUCCAAGGGCAACGUCAUCUUUGCCUCGGCCAUGGACAACUGGGCGUUCCGUCUGGAGCGCUUCGCCAUGCUCUACGCCAAGAAGAUGGGCAUCCAGGAGCACAAGCUGCGCAAGGUGCUGUGGGGCGACUUCUACUUUGACCCCAAGACCAAGCGCGUGCUCAGCCAGAAGCAGAAGGAGAAGGAGAAGCGUCCGCUCAAGCCGAUGUUUGUGCAGUUUGUGCUCGAGAACAUCUGGUCCGUCUACGACGCCAUCAUCGAGAACCGCGACCAGGACAAGAUCGAAAAGAUCGUCUCGUCGCUCAACCUCAAGGUGCAUCCGCGCGACCUCAAGUCCAAGGAUGCCUCGACGCUCAUCAAGGCGGUGGUGAGCCAGUGGCUGCCGCUGGCGAGCUGCGCAUUUGCAGCCAUCAUCUACGUCAUCCCGCCCACGAGCAAGGCGCAGGCCAAACGCAUCCCCAUGAUGCUCAAUCCGGACAUGAGCUACUUUGACCGCGGCAGCUACCAGGCCAAGACGCCGCUCGAGGAGCAUCUGAUGAACGCCGAGAUCGGGCCCAAGUCGAACCGCGUCGCAUACGUGUCCAAGAUGUUUGCGGUCAAGAAGGAGGAUCUGCCCGAGGCCAAGAAGGCGCCGCUCACGGCCGAGCAGAUGCGCGAACGCGCAAAGGAGAGCCGGGAGCGUCAGAGCGCCGUGCGUGCCGCUCUCGCCGCCACGGGCGCGAGCAUGGAAGACGGCGCGGCCGACGGGGACAGCAAGGCGAACGGCACCAGUCUCGAGGAAGCCGAGGCGCAGCGCGCUGCACGUGCGCAGCGCGAGGCGGAAGCACAGGCCGAGAAAGACGCAGCGGAAGAGCAGGAGGAAGAGGGCUCGGACGAGGUGGUGCUGGGCUUUGCCAGGCUGUACUCGGGCACGCUGCGCGUAGGGCAGUGGAUGUACGCGCUGCUGCCCAAGUACAACACGCAGCUGGCGCCGUCGCACGCGUCGAACGCCAAGCACAUCAAGGCGGUGCAGCUGGAGGCCUUGUACAUGGUGAUGGGCCGCGACCUGCUGGCGGUCAACGAGGUGCCCGCGGGCAACGUAUUUGCCAUCCGCGGUAUGGAAGGCCGAGUGCUUCGCAACGCUACGCUGUGUGCGCCGUCGCUCGUGCAGAGCUACGCGAUCGAGCGCCACCAAGACGCCGCCUCCAUCGACGCGCGCAUGGCAGCGUCGACGUUCGUCCACCUCGCGGGGAUCAACAUGCUGUCGGCGCCCAUCGUGCGCGUGGCGCUCGAACCGAUGAACCCGCAGGACAUGCCGAAGCUCGUCGAGGGCCUCAAGCUGCUCAACCAGGCGGAUCCGUGUGUGGAGUCGCUGGUGCAGGAUACGGGCGAGCACGUCAUCCUCACUGCGGGCGAGCUGCAUCUGGAGCGGUGUCUGAAGGAUCUGCGCGAGCGGUUUGCAAAGUGCGAGAUCCAGGUGAGUGCGCCGCUGGUGCCGUUCCGCGAGACGUGCGUGCGCGCGCCCGAGAUGGCGCCGCCCAAAGUCGACGGUGCCCCGCGCGGCACGGUUGACGGUAACGUUGCCAGUGGUGCUGUGACGUACCGCGUGCGUGCGGUGCCACUGCCGCAGCCGGUGGUGGAGCUUUUGCUGGCCAACACGCAGACGCUGCGGCGACUGCAGAACCGCGGAUCGUCGGCGGAGGGUGAGGACGAUUCCGGCAGCGUGGACGCGGCGGGGUCGCAGGCGAGCAAGACGGUGCGUGCGGACAAGUUCUGGCAGACGCUGCAGACGGUGCUCGACAGGUGCGGGCAGGACAAGACGGGCGAGGACUGGCGAGAGGUGGUCGAGAAGAUCGUCUCGUUCGGCCCGCGCAGGGUGGGCGCGAACAUCUUGGUGGACCGAACGGGUGGACGGGUGUCGUUGCGCAACCGGACCGACCCAUCUCGUGCGGCUACACGUCAGUCGUCUGGAAUCGGCACACCUGCGCAUGUCGACUCGCAGGCUGUAGGUGUUGAAAAGCUGUCCGAGGCGCUGGAUCAGAUGAACGUUUCUGACGAUCCCGGACGGUCGGUUGUCAACCUGGCUGCGCUUAACGAGAGCAUUGAUUCGGGCUUCCAGAUGGCGACUUCUGCCGGGCCUUUGUGCGCAGAACCGAUGCAGGGCGUUGCGUUCUUCAUCGAAUCUCUCUCUGCCUCGUCAGCGACCGGUUCGGUUACGGGACCGCUCAUGUCGACUUUCCGCGAGAGCUGCAAAUCCGCGCUGCUCGACUGGUCACCGCGACUCAUGCUCGCCAUGUAUUCGUGCGACAUUCAAGCAUCCACCGAGGUCCUCGGCAAGGUGCAUGCGGUGCUAGCCAAGCGUCGCGGAAAGAUCAUCUCGGAAGAGAUGAAGGAGGGAACCAGCUUCUUCACGGUCGGCAGUUUGCUGCCUGUCGUGGAGAGUUUCGGAUUCGCAGACGAGAUUCGUAAACGCACCAGCGGAGCCGCUUCGCCCCAGCUGAUUUUUAAGGGAUUCGAAAUGUUCGACCUCGACCCCUUCUGGGUGCCCAGGACAGAGGAGGAGCUCGAGGAUCUAGGCGAAAAGGGUGACAGGGAAAAUGUCGCCAAGAAGUACAUGGACGCCGUGCGCAAGCGAAAGGGCCUUUUCGUCACACAACGCAUCGUCGAGGCCGCCGAGAAACAGCGCACGCUCAAGUCCAACUAG